AUGACGACCACCCAACAAAAAGACAACACCACCAUCGAAUACCAACGCACGAAAGCGAAAGAAAUGGUGAAAUACUUCAAAGAGCAACAAUAUCAACAACUCGUGGAAGACUCGACCGUGUUCGGGUUCACCAAGAAGAACGAAAUCAACAACGGAAGAUGGACCAUGUUUGGCUUGCUCGUCGGGAUGAUGACGGAAUACGCCACCGGGGUGGAUUUUAUCGACCAGAUUAAACUCUUGGUGAACGUGCUAGGCAUCGCAGAUUUGGAUUAA